GUCGUGGUUGAUAUGUACGAGUGGGGUCGCGCGGGUCUGUCAUAAAAGUCGGGUGGGAAUUUGGUGUCGGGGGCAGUGCGACUAGAAGUAUCAAGUUAAUAUUUAAGGAUAGAGCUGCUUCCGAAUUUCCAUGAAUUCAGUUCAGGUGUGGUGGGUUAUUCUUAGCCGAGCCACCGCUUUGUGACUGGUGGGCGGGCGGGCGCCGGUAUUUUCCACCCAGAGGCUCAAAUGAUUGCUGGCUCUGCAGUUUUGCAGUGAUUUUCCAUAAACUUAAGACACUCCCAAACUGUACACGAAACAGCAGUUCCAGACAGCUGUGGAUAACAGCAAUGCUGCCAUUAUCAAGCAAGGACCGACCGUACCGGAACGGCCUCUGGCAGCGGCUGACCGAGCGGGUGGGCGGCUGGCUGCGGCUCAUAUUUGCCGACCAGAAUGCCAAGAACCUCUUUUUCUUCCUGCUCCUGAAUCUGUCGUUUGCAUUCGUGGAGCUGUUCUACGGUGUGGCGACCAACAGCCUGGGUCUGAUCAGCGACGCCUUCCACAUGUUCUUCGACUGUACGGGCCUGUUGGCCGGCCUGGUGGCGGCCGUCAUCACUAGGUGGCGCGCCAACGAGCGCUUCUCCUACGGCUACGUCCGCGCCGAGGUGCUGGGCGGCUUCAUCAACGGCCUGUUCCUGCUCUUCAUCGCGUUCUUCAUCUUCUCGGAGGCGGUUGAGCGGGCCGUGGAGCCGCCAGAGGUCAAGCACGAGCGACUCUUCGUCGUCUCUGUGCUCGGCCUGCUCGUCAACCUGGUGGGCAUCUUCGUCUUCCAGCACGGUGGCCACGGCCACAGCCACGGCGGCGGCGGCCACGGCCACAGCCACGGCGGCGAGAGUCACGGCCACAGCCACGGCGGCGGCGGCCACAGCCACGACGGCCAUGGCGGGGACGGUCACGGCCACGGACACAGCCACGAGCUGCCGCAGGGCUCCAACUCGCAGAUCAUGAAGGGCGUGUUCCUGCACAUUCUAGCGGACACGCUGGGCAGCGUGGGCGUCAUCGUGUCGGCCAUUCUGAUGAACCAGUUCGGCUGGAUGAUCGCCGACCCGAUCUGCUCCAUGUUCAUCGCCACCACCAUCGCCAUCUCGGUGCUGUCGCUGAUCCGCGAGUCGGUCUGCAUCCUGAUGCAGCGGCAGCCGCGCGAGCUCGACCACCUGCUGCCAGGCUGCUACCAGCGCGUGGCGCAGCUGGAGGGCGUGCUGAGCGUGCAGGAGCCGCACUUCUGGACGCUCUGCUCGGACGUCUACGUCGGCGUGCUAAAGCUGGAGGUGACGCCACACGCCGACCCCAAGUACGUGGUCAGUCACACACACAUGAUCUUCUCCGGCGUCGGAGUGCGGCAACUGCAUGUACAGCUUGACUAUGCGCCCAUGUGAACGCGGCCUCCCGGCUCAUAGACACAUAUUUAUUGCUCGGCGCUGGUAAGAGUGCGCGACAACCCAAAUGGCCAGGGUCCACCGAGAACUAUUUUUAUAUUGCGUGGGCGCCCUGGUGUUGUUUUUUUAACGUUGGUAUUUUAUUUCGUGCCAGCGGCAUCCAGCCUCGGGCAUUCCCAAUAGUGAAUGCGCGUUCCAGGGGCUGCGUCCAUUCUGUGAUCCGUGUUAGCCGCCUGUGCAUGUGCCGCAUUAUUGGAUACACGU